UUCAAAUGAAACGUACAAAGGAAAUUUGUUAGUUACUUGUGUAUAGCUUUAAAUAUAAACAUUAUAUUCGGUCGAAGGUAAAUAUUACACGUCUAUUAGAAGGAACUGGGUUUAUAGGAAUAAAAUAUGACGAUGUUUGGUUGUUUAUUUUCAGAUCUGUUCGUGCUUUUAACACUUGAAGUGACCAAAGAUUUGAAGGAAUUAUUAUUUGAGUCAUAAAUUUGCUCACGUUAGGAGCACUUAUGGAUUUAAAUGGAUUUGUGGUAGUUUGCUUAUCAACGAUUUAAUCCAAGCAGCACUGAUUAUCAUCGUGGGAAGUAUUGUUAGAACUUUUGAAAUACGAAAAUCAUAGAAUAAUCGAAUAAGUCAACUUUAAAUGGUUUGAUUCCGGCGAAGCUUAAAUCGAUUUUAAUAAUACGGACGGAAUAAUGUCAACGAGUUACCAAAGAAUUUCGAGUGACAAGGUAAAGGAAAUUCAAUUUGGAUUUUAAUAUAUUUGAAGCCGAUAUUGAACUGAUGAUAGUAAAUGGAUUUGUAAAAAGAAGAAAAUGAAGGAUUAUUUUUAAGAAUCGGGACCGACAUCUGAUACAGAUGUUAAUCGUAUAAAGAGAAGGGCAAUUAAUCACAAUUUGUUUUUCAUUACAUUUUGAAAACGUGUACGGGAACCAUUUAUAGAAACGACAAAAUGAGUUUAGAAAGUGGAAUUAUAGAGGAGAUUUUGGAAGAAUUCGAUUCAGUUGAGAGUAUAGAAGAUGAUGCGAAGUCCGAUAAGAGUAAAAGGGAUGAAGAUGGUGAAAGAAUUGGAAGAACAGAUGACAGUAAUAAAGGUGACAAUGGAUUGAAUGGUGCAAAAUGUGUUCACGAAGACAUUACUGACAUAGCUGAAUGUAAAUGCAAGGUUGUUAUCAUUGAUGAUAUUAAUCCUAAAGACUAUUUAGUGAUCGAGGAGUAUUCCAAUACUCUCGCAGAAAAUAUUGUUCAAGAAGCGGUUCUUAUAAAUGAAAUAUAUACCAGGGAUAGAAAAACCGGUACGUCGAAACCGGGACUAGAUCUGCCUAUGAAUAAAGACAAACUAUUGGGCCAAAUGGAGGCAAAAUCGCCUGGUUAUGACCAGUAUAUAAUAGAUAAAUUUCUACAUUCACAAGCUGAUCCCUUAGAUACGGAAGAUGACGUGGGAUUUGAUGGGAAAGAGGAAUACUUUCGGUCUGAACUGGAUUGGGAAGGGACAUAUCCGGGAUUGAAUGAAGAGGACUCCUACAUACAGGGGCAGAUAAGCAGGUCCUUGCCGGAUGAAGAAAGUGACAAAAACAACAAUCGUCUCUCAGGGAACCUCAUUGACCCUUUCAAUGAGGCCCUGCAAACGAUACACGAGGGAGAGAUGCUCGUCAUUGAAGAUGACUUCCGGCAAAACGGUGCACCGGAAAUGACGUCUAGUGUUAAUGACGUCAGAUACGCUUCUCCUAAGGGCAAUGAGGAUACGCGAGGACUUGAUCAAGGAGAAAACGAAGUGAAUACCCACCAAGACAUUUUGCCAGAUGAAACCCAAACCCCUCAACAACAUGUUGCUUUCGCCGAUGAAGCACCACCUGAGAGCAGGGAAUCGCGGAUUUCGAAUGCAGACGACGCUAGCGAAGCAUCAGAUGCCAACGACGCAGGGGAACUUCCGGUUGAGCGACCGGAAGUGAUGGAAGGAUUACCGGAAGAAGAGGACGAAGAGGAAGAGGAGGAUGGAGAGCCGGAUUGUUGUGAAAUGACGUUCAGAGAACAAAGGGCCCUUGUACGUGCGGUGAGGACGGGCGACAUCGAGCUUUUUGAAAAGCUUAUGGAGAAGAAAAACGCCGACAUUGACAUAAAAUGGUACGGCGAAAGCCUCCUGAUGGUAGCGAUCCGGUCCGGGCAGCUGACCAUGGCGGAGUUCCUUGUGGAUAAUGGUGUGGACAGAUACCACAGGCAUAAACUCGUGGAGCGAGAGGCCAACGGAGGUUUUAGCGUCCAUUUCAUAGACGCCCGACAGAUGGCUUAUGAUACUGGCAUGCAUGAACUUGUCGAGUUCUUGGACUUUAAAGCCAACUCCCUCUUCCCAUUUAUCCGACCCAAACUUCGAGACCCACAUCUUCGACAGCCAAUAGCCCCCUUUACUCCCCCGGCCCUUGACGAAGCUAUGCCGAUUGAGAUGUUUAUAGACCCAGAUGAAGUUGUGAAGUUAAUUGCUGAGGAACGGAAACGAUUGGCUGCUGAGAAAAUUGCGCGGGAACUGGAAAUGGCGGAAAUGCGUAUAAAGGCCAGGAAAGGGAAACUUGCGAAUGUGGAAAAUGAAAGUGUUCAUAAUGAAAUGGAGUCUAACAGUCUGAAUGAUGAACUGAGUCAGGUCUUUGGACCGGAUGUUGGGUUCGAUAAUAUGCAUCCUGGUUCAUUAUUGGUUAAACAUGAUUACAACAUACCGGAUAUGACGAAACACGUGAGCGUCAGAGGGACAAGGUCGUCACACCUUGCACGGCAAGUUAACACUAAUAAAGCUGAACGGUUACGGUUGGAGCGAAAUGAACCAAAACGUGGCACAAAAGAGGGUGAAGUUGAAACAAGUAUUUUGUUAAACAGUGUUCAUAAAAGUGAUUUAUCGCAUGUUAAAAGUCGGCGGCUGCCGCACCCCCAUUCGGCCCCGCAGCUUCGGAACUAUAAACUUGAAAACCUCCCCGACCGUCAAGUCCGAAUAGGAAUGCCCUUUAUUCAUGGCGAAGACCGACAAAUGCAGACACCGGACCUUCUAGCAAGACUUCCGUCCGCGCCAAGAGUUUUGCACAGUCGUAGUAAAAGCGCAAAAUCGGCGCACUCAACAAUUUCACCGUUUUCGCAAGUGGCAAAACUUUUGGAACAGUCACGGCUGUUUAGUCCUUUUGCACACAACAAUUCGCAAUCGUCAUCAGCGCGUUUUCCGAGUAUUAAACAAAACAGAAAUCAGAACGAUGUGAAUCUGACGAAAACAAAAAUAAAUUAUAUCUACGCUGACCGACACUCCGCCAAAAUGAGAUGUGGUCCCCCUCAAUCUUCACAUACCGUGCUAGAUUUAUUGCCAAAGAGAAAACUAAAAUGUUAGCAAAGUUUUUAUAUUGUUUUUUUUUCUGUAUCCCAUCAAUUUUGUUCAUUAAAUAAUUAUUGUGUUCAUUGUUCAUAACAUUUUAAACGUCCAUGUAUAUGUAAUAUACAUACAAAGAGCAUUAUUUAUUUUAUUUUCAUAUAUGUAUACAUUAUAAUUAUAUAUAUAUAAUACGUUUAUUUGUUAGUUAAACAGUUGUUAAUGUAAAUAAAGAAAAUGUUGUUGUUGCUAUUUAUGAUCAGGGUUUAUUACAUAAAUGAAAUCAAUAAAUUCAU